AAAUUCUAUUCGCUCCGCAAAAUUUGAAAAGUGAAUAUCUUGUGCAGAACCACACACCAGACAUACCGUUAAAAUGGCAUCGUUCGUUGGAAAGAAGUACAAGCUCGACAAAUCCGAGAACUUCGAUGAGUACAUGAAGGAGCUGGGCGUCGGUCUGGUGACGCGCAAGAUGGGCAACAGCCUGAGCCCCACCGUGGAGGUGACUCUGGAGGGUGAUACCUACACCCUGACCACCACCUCCACCUUCAAGACUUCCGCCAUCAGCUUCAAGCUGGGCGUGGAGUUCGACGAGGAGACCCUGGAUGGUCGCAACGUGAAGAGCAUCAUCACCCUCGAUGGCAACAAGCUCACGCAGGAGCAGAAGGGCGACAAGCCCACCACCAUUGUCCGCGAGUUCAACGAUGGCGAGCUGAUCACCACCCUCACCAUUGGCAACGUCAAGUGCGUGCGCGUCUACAAGGCUGUCUAAGCGACAGGAGCUGUCCAUGACUGAUCUACAACUAUAAUCAUUCGACUACAUGCAUCGCAACUAACUCAGAUAGCCACUAUUGUUAUUGACUAACAGUGAAUUAAUCUAACUAAACGAAAAAAAAAAAA